GUUUCUCAGCUGGUUAGAGGUUGGCCAGGAUGCAAUGAUGGCGUUACAUGUCAACAAUAGAGAUGCUUAUUAUCAGAGUGCCGAUUAUUACAGAAAUUCGCAGCCUUUGAACUAUGGGGAUAGCAGUCAUUAUUUUGCCCGGUUACCAGGACCAGAGUCUAUGCUGAAGCCUUCACUGAGCCUAUUUGGCCAGCAACAGCCACUGUUCCAGCCAAUGCCUCCUACACAUACCCUUGGACCCCCUCCACAGACCCUUGGACCCCCUCCACAGACCCUUGGACCCCCUCCACAGACCCUCGGACCCCCUCCACAGACCCUCGGACCCCCUCCACCAGUGGUAGUGACCCCGGACCCCCUCCGUUUACCCCUCUCCAGUCCUCUGUCUGCCAAACUUCCCACUCACCUCCAGCUGGUGCAGGGGCCCCCCUGCCCUGUCCCACCUCUCACUGCCCAGUCGACCCUCAGCAGCAGGCCCCAGGAGGAAGAUGCUCAGAUCGGGGGCACAGACCAGGACGCUACCUUGGAGGAGCUGUGUAAGCCUCUGUACUGCAAACUGUGCAACGUCACCCUCAACUCUGCUCAGCAGGCACAGGCACACUACCAGGGAAAAAACCACAGUAAGAAGCUGAGAAAUUUCUAUGCAGGCAGCCAGCAGCCGCCUGCCAUCAGGAUUCCGGAAGUAAUAGAGCCAGUUUCCCAGCAACCCCUCACAACUCCACCAACUGACAGUGCAACUCCCAAACAGCCGGUGUCAUUCAUGGGUGCCAGCAGGGUGAUCUUAGCCACGGAGAACGACUACUGCAAGCUGUGUGACGCCUCGUUCAGCUCCCCUGCCGUGGCUCAGGCGCACUACCAGGGCAAGAACCAUGCCAAGAGACUGCGGCUGGCUGAGGCCCAGCAGAGCAGCAGCAUCCUAGAGUCGACUGAGUGUGUCCAGAGGCGUCCGAGGAAAGAGGGGAGCGAGUACAGGUUGAUCAAGAACCGUAGGACCCCACAGGUGCCUCUUGCCAUGCCAGGCCCCUACUACAACCCCCGGCCCAGGCAGAGGAUCCCCAGGGACCUGGCCAUGUGUGUGACACCCAGCGGCCAGUUCUACUGCUCCAUGUGCAACUCUGGGGCCAGCGAGGAGGCCGACUUUCGCCUUCACCUGGAGAGCAAGCAGCACAAGAGCAAGGUGUCGGAGCAGCGCUACCGCAGCGAGAUGGAGAAUCUGGGCUACACUUAGGAGGGCAGCGCCACAGC